CGUCGGGCUUUGAAAUGCAGCGGGAUUUAGUGAGUUUCCCACUGUCCCCAGCGGUGCGGGUGAAGCUGGUGUCUGCAGGGUUUCAGACUGCUGAGGAAGUCCUAGAAGUGAAACCCUCCGAGCUCAGCAAAGAAGUUGGUAUAUCUAAAGAAGAAGCCUUAGAAACUCUGCAAAUUUUAAGAAGAGAAUGCCUCACAAAUAAACCAAGACCUGCUGGUACAGUUGAGUCAGGCAAGACGUGUACAGCACUGGACCUUCUUGAGCGGGAGCAUACCCAGAGCUACAUAAUUACCUUCUGUUCAGCGCUAGAUAAUAUUCUUGGGGGUGGAGUUCCCUUAACCAAAAUAACAGAAAUUUGCGGUGCCCCAGGUGUUGGAAAAACACAAUUAUGUAUGCAGUUGGCAGUAGAUGUGCAGAUACCAGAAUGUUUUGGAGGAGUGGAAGGUGAAGCAGUUUUUAUUGAUACAGAGGGAAGUUUUAUGGUUGAUAGAGUGGUAGACCUUGCUACUGCCUGCAUUCAGCAUCUUCAGCUUAUAGCAGGAACACAUUUGGGAGAGGAGCACCCAAAAGCUUUGGAGGAUUUCACUCUUGAAAAUAUUCUUUCUCAUAUUUAUUGUUUUCGUUGUCGUGAUUACACAGAGCUACUGGCACAAGUUUAUCUCCUUCCAGACUUCCUUUCAGAACACUCAAAGGUUCGAUUAGUGAUAGUGGAUGGUAUUGCUUUUCCUUUUCGUCAUGACCUAGAUGACCUACCCCUUCGUACUCGAUUACUAAAUGGCUUAGCCCAGCAAAUGAUCAGCCUUGCAAAUAAUCACAGAUUAGCUGUAAUUUUAACCAAUCAGAUGACAACAAAGAUUGAUAAAAAUCAGGCCUUGCUGGUACCAGCAUUGGGGGAAAGUUGGGGACAUGCUGCUACAAUACGGCUAAUCUUUCAUUGGGACCAAAAGCAAAGGUUGGCAACAUUGUACAAAUCACCAAGCCAGAAGGAAUCUACAGUACUGUUUCAAAUCACACCUCAGGGAUUUAGAGAUGCUGUUGUUGCUACUACAUGUUCAUUGCAAACAGAAGGUUCAUUGAAUUCCCGGAAACGGUCACGAGAAUCAGAGGAAGAACAGGAAUCCAAAGACUAGUCUUAAAGUAUACAUAUGUAUGGAUGCUGUGAGAUGCAAUGUAUACAAGUAGUAGACUUGUUGCUUUAAAAUAUAAACACACACUGUGGCGUGAAUGAAUCAGGAAUAUGUGAAAUGAAAUAUGUAUAUAUAUUUAACGAAUAUGAUUCUCUGAGUUUUUCUAAAUCAGUGUUCUACAGUUAUAAUUUGCCCUAUUUUUAUUUAUAGUAACAUUCAGGAGGGAUGAUAUAGGGAUAUAUUUUGCAGAUGUGGAAAGCUGAUUUCAUGUGGCUAGUCUGAAUUUACCAUUCAGACUAUUUCUUCCUACUUUCUUCCUAAUUGCCUAGAAAAUCCUAGGAAGAAAAGAUUGUGUGUUUUUUUUCACAUUCCUCUUGUGUUCUCUGUAAAUGUAGCUUUGAUAAUUCUUAAAAUGACCCGUUUUAUUAUUAUAAAGAAAAGCCAGCAUCCUGAGUCAGCAUAUCAUUAUAUUCAGUUUCACAGGUAGGAAACAAAUUAUAGAUGACUAGUCUGAUUUUAGUGGCCUCAAUUUUAAAAUCUAAGCCAUUUGUUUAUUUUUUAAUGUUAUUUUAUAAUGUUAAGGGAAGGACUUUGGAACUGUUAUCCCAUUGAGAAAUUGUGUGGAAUAUACAUCUUCCAGAAUAGUCAAGUUGAUAAGUCAAUAAGCUCAGUCAGUUAUUUAUUUCUACAUUUUUGAAACAUGGUGUAAUUCAUUCUAGAAUUCUAGGUUUAUUGACAUUUUCCUUUGAAUAACCUUAACACUGCUUGAAUAAAGUAAAAAUUUAGAUUUAAUGGUUUCAAAAUCAUCUAAUAAUGUUUUGGCUCCUAAUUUUUAGUACUUUUCAGUUCAUUCACAAAAUUUACUUUGGUUCCCAAUGGAAGAAAAUUAUUUAAAUAAUUGAUUGUUUUAUACUGUGACAACCAUAUUUUCCAGAUUUUAGUGACAUUUGGUAUUUCCUGUCCCAGACUGAACACUAAAUUUAUAAAACUUAAAAAUAUAAUUAUUUUGUAAUUGACUAUUCGUAGAAUAACCAUUAUUUGCCAGGACUUUUUGAGAGUGAAAGUGGGCGCUGCUAAAAGUUAUACCAGAACAGUGGACAGAAACCAGGAUUUUCCCAAGCAAAUCAGGCUUAUGGUCAUCCUAAUUAUAUAAGAUUAAUUUUAAAUGACUACUUUGAUGUAAGAUAACUGAUUGUGACUAUCUUAUUUUUGAGGGCUUUAAGGCAUAUAUUUUUAUUAUAAGUAAUGCAAUAAUUGUAGAAAAUUACCUGUCAUUUUAUAUUCUAUCUGCUCAAAUCAUAAAAUUGAGAGUGAGGGGUUUGUAAGUGAUAAUAUCAGUGUUACCAGGCAUCAGAUACAGUAGGAUCUCAUUUUAUGAAGUAUUAUAACACUCUGCUUUUAAGAACUAUAGGACCCUGAAAAUAGACAAAACCCAUUAUAUUUGUUUGUAACACUUUUAAAAUAAAAUUUACA